AUGGGUGCCGCGGGCCCCGCGUGCGCGGCGCGCGAGCCGCCGCUGUCACGCGAGCCGGCGCUGCGCUCCGUGCUGCGGCACGUGCGGCUGGAGAACCUGGCGGCGGGAAUGAGCGGCGGCGUCCUGUCCACCCUGGCGCUGCACCCGCUGGACCUCGUCAAGAUCCGCUUCGCAGUAAGUGAUGGAUUGGAGCUGAGGCCAAAGUACAAUGGAAUUCUUCACUGUAUGAGCACAGUCUGGAAGCAUGAGGGGCUUCGAGGCUUGUACCAAGGGGUGACUCCAAACAUGGUGGGAGCAGGAGCCUCCUGGGGACUUUACUUCUUCUUUUACAAUGCCAUCAAAGCUUACAAGAAGGAAGGGAAGAUGGAAAGUCUCAGUGCGAGCGAACACCUAGUGUCAGCUGCGGAGGCUGGAGCCAUGACCCUGUGCAUUACAAACCCAAUCUGGGUAACCAAGACUCGACUUGUGCUACAAUAUAACGCUGGCGUGGAUCCAUCCAAGCGGCAGUACCGAGGAAUGUUUGAUGCUCUCAUAAAGAUAUACAAGACAGAGGGCAUCCGUGGCUUAUAUAAGGGAUUUGUGCCUGGUCUGUUUGGAACAUCACAUGGAGCACUUCAGUUCAUGGCCUAUGAGGAUUUGAAAGAGAGAUACAACAAGUAUAGAAACAGAGUAUCAGAUACAAAACUGAACACUGUGGAAUACAUCAUGAUGGCAGCUGUAUCCAAAAUAUUUGCUGUGGUAGCAACAUAUCCCUAUCAAGUCGUGCGGGCUCGUCUUCAAGACCAGCAUAACACCUACUCUGGGGUGUUUGAUGUGAUCCACAGGACCUGGAGGAAAGAAGGUGUUCAUGGAUUUUACAAAGGAAUUAUACCUAAUGUAAUCAGAGUGACUCCUGCCUGCUGUAUUACCUUUGUAGUUUAUGAAAAUGUGUCUGGCUUUUUACUUGGUUUUAGGAAAGAAAAUAAUUAAAGGUAUGGACUUUGUUCCUAGGAAGGAAUCUAUCCUUUAUUUUUUAUAUUCAUGAUCUGGGAGAAAUUUACUUCAGCAGUCUUCUUUGACACUGUAAAUUGAUCUGGUAUUUUAAGGAAAGAAUGUAGAGACAAUAAACCCUGCCAACAUCUCUCCUGUUGAACGUUCCCGCAUUGCUGCCUUCCUCUCUGAAUCAGCUGUGUCUGCUUGAAGCAGAUGUCUGCAACCUGAAAUAAGAAUGCUGUGACUGGGUGAAGGCAGCUGCACUGCAAUUCCAUUCAUCCUGGCCUGCCUGGAAUAACUCACUAAGCAGUUUCAGCAAGUCUCAAGAUAACAGUUGGUGAGAUUCUGCUCCUGCACAAGUGGAAAACUUCAUAUGAAAGCAACCCUGGGGCCUGUCAAAACUUUCUUAAAUCUCUGAGUCUCAUUAAAACAAGGAAUGUCAUCUGAAUCCACCUCUGUGUUAUUCAUCAGAUUUUAGGAAGUGGAAUGCUCCAGACUCCAUUGUUCCUCCAACACAAAAAUGUGUGUCUCAGUGGGGUGCAGUUUGGAAACUGAAAUUGUUUUUUUUUAAACAGCUGUCCAUUCUUGGGUUUGAGUAAUUCCAAGUCUGAUGAAGCUCAGUUCUUGUCUCAUAGCAGGCCAGGUUUGCACUGUGGUUUUUGACUUGGUUUUAGCAGCAGACCAACAUGCUGAAAGUGCAUACAUUGCUGGCAAUUUAAUUCAUUUUCUCUUUUUCAUUCUCUCUCCGUCUCUCUCUGUGCCAGAGUCUGUCUCCAUUAAUCAUACAGCUGACCACAUAUUACUAAGUAAAUGCAUAUUUUAAAGUAGGCUUACAUUUUAAAGAUGAGGAUUUUUUUCUAGUAAUCCCAUAGUGAUGCAGUGUUCAAGCCAGUGUAGCAACAAAUAGGACCACACUUACUUUCAGUAGUAUUCUUUGGGGAAAAAAAAUGUUUCUAGUCUAAAAAAAUCCUGCGCACAGGACUUUAUUUAAAAAAACAGAACAAUCUGUUAAUGUCUUCUGAUUUGGUUUAAGGAAAAGAUUGUUGAUAUAUUGAUUGCUAAUUUACUGAUAAAUUAUAGUACAUAUCAGUAAAUUUGCAUAAUAGUUAUGGGGUUUUUUCCACACCAAUAAUUGCCAUCAAGGAUAUGUACUUUUUAGAGUUUUGUGUUUGGUGGUUUUGGGUAGUUUAUUUAUUUAAGAAAGGCAUUACUGACCUUAACAUCUGCCUCCUGCUGUUGGUAAGAAGAUAUUAAGUAUCUAGUAAGUAUCAUUUAACUGGGAAAUAAGUUAGCAAAGGCUAUCAACGGGGGAAAAUCAUCAGUUUCAUAGGGAGCAGAGUAAUCACUUAGAGAAGUUUCCUGUUUACCAGACUAACCUAAAGCAGAAAGAACAAUUUUUAAUAAAAAUUUCACAGAUUAGGAACUUGGUUUAAAUUUUAAGUUAAAAUCUGGAAAGCUACAGAAACUACUCAGUAUUUUGAAUCUUCAUUCAGUAAUCCACUCGCUUGUUUUUGUAGAUACUGUUGCCAAAUACCAUAUUUUGUGUAUAACUAAAUUUACUCAUAAUUUACACUUUCUCUUCCACAAUCCCAUCCCCUCUACUGAUAGAGUUGAUCAUCUCAUUGGAAAGAAUAAUCUCAUUGGAAAGAAUAAUCUCAUCUGGGGCCAGCAUGGCUGGCUUUGGUUUUUAUUACGGAAGGUUCUGUGUAUAUUUAGCUGAAGAUAAAUUUACUGGAAGUUUACCAUGUAAAUAAUGUAGAUCCAAAACAGCAGCUUCUGCCUUUGGAGGGUGCUUACUGGGCUUUGUGUCUUUUGUGGUACACAGAACAAAUUUAAUGGAACACUGAAUUAACUACCACCCAGGAUCCAGAAUAUAUUGUGAAGACAUAUGAAAACAUGAUAAAAGAGAAAAAGCUGUGCACAUAAUCCAAGCCUGAAUUAAUGUGCUCUGGGCCAGAACAGCUUACCCAUGCUUCAGGAUAAAUGCAGGGGCAGGCUGUGAGCAUGUGCACAAUCACUCACUGUGUGUUAGCGGACGUUCUGUAAGUUCACACCGCAGCUCAGCUCAUAGUAACUUGUUUGUGUUCAGGUACCUUAAAACCAUCCUCCAAGCCAGUGAAAACAUUGCAGUUCUUCAGAGACAAAAUACCAGCUGUGUAACUCGCUGGCUUGCAGCAAAUCUCACACACCAUCUUGCAGUUGAGCAAGCCCGAGUGCUCCCCUCGCUGCAGGUGUCCUCCCCUGGUAUCUGCAACAACAGCUACAGGCAAGGGCUGCCCAUCCUGGGGCAAAUCGUACAGCUUGUUCAGAAAAGAAAAUGAGAUUUAAUUCUAAAUAGCUGAAAUAAAUUCAUUAUCUCAGAUUUAAUGGGUUUUUUCCUUUUAAUUUCUGGGAAGAGUGGAGAUUUUUGCAUGUUGUACAUGCUUUUCAUGAGUUUUUUUAUUUUGUUAAUGUAAAAUUGGUUUUGUAAUACAAACAUAAUUGUUGUUUCUCUUUAGAAUGUGUACAAAUUUAAAAAAUGUUUGAAUAUGCCACUUGCAGCAUUUGGAAGAAAAUACUUAAAACACUGAAGCUUAUGUUCUGUGUUAGCGUGAUCGGUGUUGUCACUUGUCAAACAGCUGUGACAUCAUUGUUUCACUUUAUCAGUUCAAUUUUGGAAAGCCUAGGCAUUUCAACCUGUCUUAUGUCUGUAUCUUCUAAACAGUUUAAUACAUCUAGUUUUUAACCAAGACCAAAGUGAUUCUGUAUAACUGAAAGGCUAAAUGCAGGAGAAUUAUUUUAUUGGAGCAAUGAAAUUAAGUGUCGUAACUGUAAAAUUAUUUAGUGUCUGCAUCUUAGUAAUGGAGACCAGUCAUAGAUAUUACACUGAAAUUCAGUCUGUCAAGAAGCGAGAGAGGGAAGAAGAGCUUAGGUAGUCUGGUUUUGCUCAGUUAUUCAUAAUAUGAGGUAUUUAACACUUACCACAUUGUCUGGGUCACAGUUAAGUCACCAGGAGUUCAUUGAGAUAAGACUGUAACAGCAGAGCAUCCUAUUCUGCAGUCAGGUUUACAGGAGUGCAUUUUAUAUGUGUUUUCUGAAGGCUAAAGCCAACACCUGAUUUUACUUUCUUUGAACUUUAUCUAUAAAGCCUUCUAAAGAUAUCGUGUAUCACAACACCAUGUAAAAUACUUUGAACACAUUAAUGUUCAAUAAAAUAACCCGAAUUUCUUUUUUGUAAAAGGUCUUAUUUAUUUGAUACAAAAAGUUAUGGUUAAUUCUAAAAACAGUGGUGGUAUUACAUCAAAAAAGAAGUUUAAAAUGUUAAUGAACUUGGUUUUGAUAUUUGUAUUCUAAAAUGAUUAUUAUAAAAAGCCUCUGCUGUGUACAAAACAAGACAAAGGCUACAGAUGCAAGGCUUUGGUGCCUUUCAGUCCAGUACUUGUGUCCAACUCUAUUGAAAUAAAUUCUGAAAAAAAUAGUACAAAAU